AUGGCAACUAGCCUUGCGCACCUAUCCUUGACAAGACUCCCGCCAACUCCACCUCGGGAGGACAAAAGCUUUUCAGGUCUUGCUCAACUAGCCAUCCUACGAGGCUCGCAUGCCUUUGCCUUUGUGGCAUGCCUAUCCCUUUUUGUCCUUGUCUCGGCUACAAACAUUUUCAGCUAUGUGAUUCUCGCCUUAUGCCUGCAACUUUGUCCUAGGAGUCGGGAGAGACAGCAUAGGUUAAUACUCCGGCUCACCGGCCCGACGAGGAUCCAGGUGGUGCUUGAGCAAUGGCUCGAGGAAUUCCUGCGGACGAAUUGGCCGAAUCAGCCAAGGUGUCUGAUUAGACUCGCUGAGGCAGGUCGAGAUGAGUUCAAUAAAGAGGAAGAGUCCGGGCCACCUUUGAAGCCUUCACCAAAGCGGUCCUAUAUCCCAGAAGAACGCCCACAGUUGACCCCUCUCUUUUCCCUGAAGGCGCAACGGGGGCCUCGUGAUUACCACUAUUCUUGCACUCCGUCGCAAAAAUCCAAGAGGCCAAAACGAGAUGGAGACAGUUUCCUUUCCAGUUGGAGUGCGGCUGCAGGUGACGAUCGUGGUUCAUCGAUGCUACCACAAGACAAAUCAAGACCAGUGCUCCAACCACCAUCCCACCAUCCCAUUCAAGUUACCGGUAGCCUCGCCGCACAGCCAUCUCAAAGGUCUCUCUGUAAAGGACGCCCGCCGCGCCCGCCGCAUCCCAGCCAGCCUUGUCGCGAUCGACUCCCUGCCCCGCCACAAGCGCCACACUUUCCCGCAGUUGCGACGCCACCAAAAGAUGAAUUAUCACAAGCUGCGUCGCACAGAACUGCGACCCAGCCAUCUCCCUCAACCGUUCAUGCCUCCCCGAAGGUCCACACGUGGCCGAGCCACUCAACGACCACGUCAAAGCAACAAAAGAGUCAUACUUUCCCUGGGCCCUCUACCACCAAUGCCUCUGAAUAUAAGCAGUCCCAGCGAGCGGAGCGGGGUCCUACCUUGAGGCGCCCUCGGGCCUCUUUCGGAGCUGGUGGACCCCAGACCACGCGAACUUUGCCUCAAUUCGACGUCGAGCCAGAUGGAAUCAUCCACGUCGGAGGAGAAGCUCCGAGAAAGAGAAGAAAAGGGGGCCAGAACUCGCCGCACCCUCAAGGCAAUGCUUCGGGUGCACAAGACACCAAUGGGAACGAGGAACCUCCGAAUCCUUCUUCAGAGGACGAAUCCGAGUCUGCCGACGAGGAGCGAGCUCCGAAUCGCAACCCACAUGGAAAGACAGCAUCCGAUAGCAAAGGGACAGGACCCUUCUUCCGCUGUCCGAUGUAUUCUGCUGAUCCUCAAAGGUAUGGCGAUACAAGGUGCAAACACUGGCGUGGUCGCUGCAUUGCCGAUGUGACUCGACAUUCUCUCAAAGAUGCGGGGGAAGGAUCAGACCAGUGGAACAAGAUCAAGGCGUUGUCGUCGAAGAAGCUCACUUCACAAGACCGUUGGAGACGAUACUUUAUCAUUUUCAAUGACGAGACUGAGACUUAUCAAAUGAAUCACCCAUACUGGGUUAAUGGUGAUGCGGAAGACAAGGUGACUGAUUUCUUGAGGUGCACGAUGGACCAAAUGAAAUCCGAUCUGGAUUCGACACUGGGUCUGAAAAAGAUUGAGCAAUACUCCGCAAUGCUUGCGGAAAAGAAGCUAAGAGAUGCCAGCAUUAGACUCCAAUGUCAGGAAGAGAAGACAGCUGCAAUGAGACGAGAGUUCAAGGCGUUGGAAGACUCUCAAUUGACGUUCAAAGCGCAGUUCGAGGAACUUCUCAGCCUCGGGACUUCAGGGACAGCGUCCAAUCCCACGGCACCUAUCAUGGGUCACUUGGACCUGGCGGGAGCGGGACUCGGCAUGUCGAUGCAACGAUCAGGCAGUGGACGAGGCCCAGAAGCCGAUAUGAGCCACCUUGAAGCACACCUCGUUGAUGCUUCGGCGGACCGCAGUGCUUCGAUGCUGCCGACAGGACCAGCAGGAUUUUCCGGCAUGGCCAUGCCAGCAGCGACCUUUCCAGGGAAUCACUAUUUCACAUCUCAGCAGCCCGUCAACGAGGUCAUAGCAACUACGGAAAUGGUCAUGGAUGGUACUGGUCAUCUCAGCACAGCUAAUCAUUGGCAAACCCCCCAGUUCUACGACCAACAGUCGCCAACAUUGCGCCCUCCCCUCUCUCAAAUGCAGUUUUCUGACUCUGGCAUCGGCUCUUCUAUGCCAAGGACCCAUCGGCCAAUCAGUUCCGCCAACUCUGCAGAGGAUAACUCCAACAAUUUCGGCAUUUAUUCCCGUAUGACACCGAGCGGUGACACUUCUCCUUCCGGCCAGUGUACUGGUGGUUACACCUUCCGGCCCUUGAAUGGGUAUGAUAUACAGCAAUUAGGGGUUAGAGGUCAAUUUAUGAGACAAUAGGGAUAUGCUGAAAUGUCGAAGAUCCAGCUCGCCCCCCGGCGAUUUUGUGCGGGUUAGACUGAAUUUGAUAUGGCUUGCUGUUAUGAUUGAUGGCGGCGGGUUUGUACAUUGGCGAUGAUGUUGUGGAACAGGUUAUGUGCUUGGUAAGGCGUUGUCAGCAUCGAUAUUGACAUUUGUUAAGGAGGCCCAGCAGCUGUGGCGUCUGUUCAGCGUCAUGGGAUGGCCCGGGCAAGGCUGGGCAAGGCUGAACUGCCCCCUAAUGUG